GAGUUCAACAACAACGAGCUGCACUUCAGUGAGAAGUGGUUCCAUGGCAAGCUGGGCGGGGGCCGUGACGGGCGCCAGAUUGCCGAGCGGCUGCUGCACGAGUACUGCACCGAGACGGGGGGCAAAGAUGGCACGUUCCUGGUCCGCGAGAGCGAGACGUUCGUGGGCGAUUACACCCUCUCGUUCUGGCGUUCCGGACGGGUCCAGCAUUGCCGCAUCCACUCCCGGCAAGAAGCCGGCACCACCAAGUUCUACCUGACCGACAACCUGGUUUUUGACAGCCUCUACAGCCUCAUCUGCCAUUACCGGGAGGUGCCUCUGCGCUGUAACGAGUUUGAGAUGCGCCUGACAGACCCCGUGCCGCAGCCCAACGCCCACGAAAGCAAGGAGUGGUACCACGCCAACCUGACGCGCCUACAGGCCGAGCACAUGCUCAUGCGGGUGCCCAGGGACGGCGCCUUCCUGGUGCGCAAGCGAAGCGAGGCCGACUCCUACGCCAUCUCCUUCCGGGCCGAGGGGAAGAUCAAGCACUGCCGAGUCCAGCAGGAAGGACGGCUGUUCACGCUGGGCAGCUCGGCGGAGUUCGAGAGCCUCCUGGACCUGGUCAGCUACUACGAGAAGCACCCCCUGUACCGCAAGAUGAAGCUGCGGUACCCCAUCAACGAGGAGACCUUGGAGAGGAUGGGCACGGCGGAGCUGGAUUAUGGGGCGUUGUAUGAGGUGAGGAGUCCUCACUUCUACGUGGAAGCCAACAAGAUGCCCAUGGCCAGGUGUACCGUAAAGGCCUUGUACGACUACAAAGCCCAGCGAGAAGACGAGCUCUCCUUCUGCAAACAAGCCAUCAUCCAUAACGUUGACAAGCAGGAUGGGGGAUGGUGGCGAGGAGAUUACGGUGGGAAGAAGCAGCUCUGGUUCCCCGCUAACUACGUGGAGGAAACUUUGAGUGCCUCCGUGCCGGAGCAAGAUGAAGCGUCGGUGGAGAACAGCCCUUUGGGCAACUUUCUGAAAGGGUUCAUCGACGUCCCAUCGUGCCACGUGGUUAUCUCGAAAGACGCCAGGAGCCCCAAACCCUUUGUCUUCACCAUCCAUUCUCAGCAGAUGACCCACCCAUCCCAGUCGCUGGAUGUCGCCACGGAUACUCUGGAGGAGCUGAACGACUGGGUGGCCAAGAUCCGAGAGGUCACGCAAAACGCAGACGCUAGGAUGCAGGAAGGGAAGAUUAUGGAACGGAGGAAGAAGAUCGCCCUGGAGUUGUCGGAACUGGUUGUUUAUUGCCGUCCAGUGCCCUUUGAUGAGGAGAAGAUCGGCACGGAGAAAGCCUGUUACCGGGACAUGUCUUCCUUCCCGGAGACGAAGGCCGAGAAAUACGCCAACCGCAGCAAGGGGAAGAAAUUUCUGCAGUACAACCGGCGCCAGCUCAGCCGCGUCUACCCCAAGGGGCAGCGCCUCGACUCCUCCAACUACGACCCCUUGCCCAUGUGGAUCUGCGGCAGCCAGUUGGUUGCCCUUAACUUCCAGACUCCCGACAAACCGAUGCAGCUGAACCAGUCGCUCUUCAUGUUGGGCGGGCGCAGCGGCUACGUCCUGCAGCCGGACCUGAUGCGGGACGACCUCUUUGACCCUUUCGACAAGAGCAGCCUGAGGCACGUGGAGCCCAUCACUGUCCAGUUGCAGAUCUUAGGGGCCCGGCACCUGCCCAAAAAUGGCCGCAGCAUCGUUUGCCCGUUUGUGGAGGUGGAGGUGUGCGGCUCGGAAUUCGACAACAGCAAAAACAAGACAGAUGUCGUAGCCGACAACGGCCUCAACCCCCUCUGGCUACACAAGCAGUUUAUCUUCGACAUCAACAACCCGCAGUUUGCCUUUCUCCGCUUCGUGGUUUAUGAGGAAGACAUGUUCAGUGACCCCAACUUCUUGGCCCAGGCUACCUUCCCCGUCAAAAGCCUCAAAACAGGCUACCGGUCGGUGCCGUUGA